GUGUUUUCCGUUAAUAAUUCAAAAACCAUGCCUCACUCUGCAUUUUGCCAAAGGAAAUUGUUGUUCAGAAACACAUAUAAAAUCACCAUCUUUUGGCUCUAACACUUUUUCUGGGGUUAACCCUGUACAUGAUCGAAUAAAAAAAUUGUAUUGUUGACUUCGUAUUAACUUGGACGAACACUGCAUAUUAGAUUAUACCUGAGUUCCCGAGUCUAGGAGCGGGCACAGUACAGUUUUUGAUCGUUCUGGGCAUCUCAAUGCUUUACCGUGUAUACUGAACCCUUGUGAAGACGGUUCACUGCGACCCCCACCACUUUCCAAGCUACGCGAAACGCUCCUAGACUCUCGGGAACUCAGGUAUACAUAUCAAUCUACAGCUCUUCGCAUUUAACGUGACUCUACUGUAUUUUUAUUUGAAGAUACAUUUUUCAAGGUGUAAUUUUUUUUUUAUUUGAUAAGUCUAAGAUAUAAAUUUUUUACCCUGGACACAUUUAUGCUCAAUACGAUUAAGAAACGAAAAAAGUACAAGUGCGAAUAAAUAUUAGGAUAAGUCUCGUGAGUGGAAUCGAACGGACCGGUGACGAUCUCGUAGCACGCCUUUCCGGUACGAAACUGUGUGCAGAGAGUGCGAUUAUAUGGGUAAAUGCGAGCAUAUAGGUACACAAAGUGUAAAGUAUCGAAUUUAUUCAGGCGUGUUACCCCACGUUGGGCUCAGCAAGUGGAACGCGUUACGAGAUACAACCGGGCAUACGCGUAUGUCACUCAUUAUAAAACCGACGCGAAACAUGUGUCCAUCUUAAUCCGAGCAAUCUUUAUUAUUCGGCGUUCAGUCUCCGCGGUAACGGGCACGUUGUUCUUUCCCUUACCGAUGCCACGUAAGCAUUUAUACAUACAGAGAACAUUUUACCAUUUUUGUUUCGUGUUUCACUUGAGUGACCAUCACGUGAAGAGCGACGGCGUUUGUGGAUACGAGUGUCAAGCAGGGUUUAUAAAGAUCUCCGGUGGGGAAUCAGUGAUAGGAACUGGGUAAGAUGAAAACGGUGCCAGUGAUGACAUGUUGCGCGCUGUUCCUUUUGUCGUCAGCAAGGGGCAUCAGCGAACAGUGUAAGAUUCAUGGAACGAACGCGAUUAGUUGCCAUUGUAUCGGAGACGAGGAAUUCUCCCUGCCGGAUUGGUACAAUUACGAGAACGUGACGAGUUUACGAAUCGCUUCUUGCAGCUUCGCGAACCUCCAUUUCUCCAGCUUGACGGAAGCGAGCCAAAUCGCGGAGAUCGUCGUGCAGAACAUCAGCGAACGUCUGAUCUUCGAAUUAUUCUUAACCACCACGAAAAUGAAGAGACUACGUCGUAUACCGUUGAUCACUCACGACACGUUUGUCAGUCUGAGGAGCAUCGAGACGGUUCGAAUCGAGGACACGAGGAUCGGUGACUUCAAGGAACGAUUCACUGACAUAUCCAUAAACGAUUUCACUAUGAUCAACGUGACAAUUGACCGUAUCGACGAGCUGAACUUCUCGGAGAAAGGGGAGACUCUGCGCAUCAGAAACACUGAAUUGCAGAACGUGGAAGGUUCGCUGAAUUUCGUUUACUUCUCGACGGUGGAGAUGUUCCGUUCUAACUUCCGGUUAAAGAAACCCGGUUACGUGUUAAUCGAGGGUGACGUUGUGUACAUGGAGAAUUGCGUCUUCUCCAAUUCCAGUGCGAACGUGGUCGCCACGGACAGCAUUAAGAUUAACGGUACCUGCGCGGAUGGGAAAAGCUCUCUGAGGCUUUCCUCCAACAAUAUCGUCAGCACGAAUAAUCGUUUGCCCACGGAGAUUAUUUAUACGAGGAACAGGCUCGAGUCGACGGAAGGUCUGCUUAGUCGGAACAACACUGUGUGCAUCGCUGGUAAUUGUAACUGCGAGUAUCCGAAAAGCAGCGGGCAAAUGGCUACCGGUACAUUUUACAAUAUCCUCUUUCAGUCUUUGUUGCAAAUAUCGUUAGUCACUAUUUAUUUUUAAGAAUUACUGUGUAUCAAAUAUUCAAUGAUCGUCGUGAAAUAAAACAUUAAUGCCUGUGUGAAUAUGUGGUGUUGGGUGAUGAAGUAACUUAUCAAUGGACUACAGGUCUUCAUGCGAAAAAAAAAAAUUUUUGAUAGAAGAUGUUUCAGACACAUCAUUGACAUAGACAGAUCUGUUGUAUCAUUUAAUUAUUGAAACAUGUAUUCAGUUUUUGAUAUUUUUCAUCGUUUCAGACAUAACACUCAGCA